AUGGGACCCCGUGGAGUCCACGACCUCAGAAUUAUGAUCCGGACGUUCCUAAAGAUUCCUCUAUGCCUAGGACACAUGUCCCGAGAGUUCGGUCUUUUUCGGACGGUCGGAUUGCUCACGAUCACACCACCGGACGGUUCUAGUAAUCUUAACCCUAGGGUUAACAUUUUCGGGGCAUCCAGGACUCCGAUUCACGAUCCUGGAAUUAUCUAG